GACGAGACUUCUCAUUCCGUGUAAUGUGUACUCCUCCUGCCUACCAGCAGAGGGCAGUCGUAAUCUGUUGUGCACAAAAAGCAGGCCAGAAUAAAACACCACUCGCUGAUCUGGAGGCCUGAGCCUCGUUUUUUUCGGUUACAGCGACGCAAAUACAUCACAGAAAGGCAGUGGAGACAUGAGGCUUGGCGUGUAGACGGGCUGAUGGAUUUUACUGGCGCUGACUGAAAAGAAAACCUCGUGGAUAGGUUUCACCACAGGUAGAGCUAGCUGUUAGCUAAACACGGCUAAAGAAAACCUGCUACCACUUCAGGAUCUGGGACUGCUUCAUCGUGUGUUCUGCACCAUCUGGACCUGGACAGCAUGGACACAGUUUCAAGAAAGAGAGAGGAUGCUGAAGAGAAGUCUUUGUUCUUACAAUUUCAUCAGCAGCAAAUAGAAGACCAAAAUGUCACAGCCAGGAGCUCAGAUGACCAGGCGACAGCAGAAAUUGGUGGAAGGGCAGAAACUAGCAGGAACCUAGACAUGAACCUUCAUGAGCAGACAUUUGAUUCUUCAGAGUUGGCAAUUAGUGGAGAUGAUGACGAUGGUGGUGGUGGUCAUGUGAAUCUCAACUCUGAGCUGUCAGACUCAGAGUCUGAAACUAGAGAUGAAGACAAUGAUUGGAAUGAGAGAAGGUCUUCUGAGUCAGAUGUUAAGACUGUCAAAUCCUUUAGCUGCCCUGAGUGUGGUAAACAAUUUCUUCAUAAGUCGUCUCUCCAGAAACAUGUGAGAGUGACAAGUCAUCCAGCAAUAAGGUCUUCUGGCUGUUUGGUUAAUAAGAAAUGUGUUAGAGGGAAGCAAUGUAUAGACCCGUGCAGGAAAGUCCAGAAAGAACUAAAAUCAUUUUGUUGUGAUGACUGUGGAAAAAGAUUUAGUACAAAAUCACAUUUAAACGGUCACAUGGAGGACCACACAGGACAGAAACCUUUUGCCUGUGAUCUCUGUGGACAUAGAUUUACCCAUAAGUCCAGUUUAAACAGACACAUGAGAGUCCACACUGGACAGAAGCCUUAUGCCUGUGAUCAGUGUGGAAAAUGUUUUAGCCAUAAGACAACUUUAAACAGUCACAUGAGUGUCCACACAGGACAGAAGCCUUUUUCUUGUGAGCUCUGUGGACAAAGAUUUAAUCAAAAGACACAUUUAAACAGUCACACAAGAGUCCACACAGGACAGAAACCUUUUGCCUGUGAGCUCUGUGGAAAAAAAUUUAGCCGAAGCACACAUUUAAACAGACACAUGAUAGUCCACACAGGACAUAAGCCUUUUCCCUGUGAGCUCUGUGGACAAAAAUUUGGCUAUAAGAAUAUUUUUAACAGUCACAUGAGAAUCCACACAGGACAGAAGCCUUUUGCCUGUGAGCUGUGUGGACAAAGAUUUCGCUGUAAGUCAAAUUUAAACAGUCACAUGAGAGUCCACACUGGACAGAAGCCUUUUGCCUGUGAGCUGUGUGGACAAAGAUUUAGCUGUAAGUCAACUUUUAACAGUCACAUGAGAGUCCACACAGGACAGAAGCCUUUUGCCUGUCAGCUCUGUGGACAAAGAUUUAGCCAAGGCAAACGAUUAAACUGUCACAUGAGAGUUCACACAGGACAGAAGCCUUUUGUCUGUGAGCUCUGUGAAGCAAGAUUUAGUUGUAAGUCAAGUUUAAACAGUCACAUGAGAGUCCACACAGGAGAGAAGCCUUUUGUCUGUGAGCUCUGUGGACAAAGAUUUGGACAUAAGAGAACUUUAAACGGGCACAUGAGAGUUCACACAGGACAGAAACCAUUUGCCUGUGAGCUGUGUGGACAAAGUUUUAGCUGUAAGUCAAGUUUUAACAGUCACAUGAGAGUCCACACAGGACAGAAGCCUUUUGCCUGUCAGCUCUGUGGACAAAGAUUUAGACAUAAGACAACUUUAAACGGGCACAUGAGAGUUCACACAGGACAGAAACCUUUUGUCUGUGAGCUCUGUGAAGCAAGAUUUAGUUGUAAGUCAAGUUUAAACAGUCACAUGAGAGUCCACACGGGAGAGAAGCCUUUUGUCUGUGAGCUCUGUGGACAAAGAUUUAGACAUAAGACAACUUUAAACGGGCACAUGAGAGUUCACACAGGACAGAAACCUUUUGUCUGUGAGCUCUGUAAAGCAAGAUUUAGUUGUAAGUCAAGUUUAAACAGUCACAUGAGAGGUCACACAGGACAGAAGCCUUUUGCCUGUGAGCUGUGUGGACAAAGAUUUAGCUGUAAGUCAAGUUUAAACAGUCACAUGAGAGGUCACACAGGACACAAGAAACUCAUUUAACUACAAGAGUUCCAAAUAGGGACUUUUUUAGUUUUAGAUAUCAGUCUUGUACCCCUGGUUAACUGUCCUUUAUCCAGGCUGCACACUGAAAGCAUCAGAUGGCACGGAACAUCAGUGGAACGGUGUACUCACGACAAUCACUGCACUCGAGUGCACAUGGGGAGAGUCUCAGCAGCGAAGCAGCAGGAUCACUAGAAGGCUCCCUCUAGACUUCAAAGGUUACGAUUUGUUUAUGCAAUCCGCCAUCAAACCAAAAAGAAGGAAAUUUCAUUGUUGCUGUUUGAUGUCAUAUAUGAUGUUGUUCCUCUCCACUGCCAGGAAAAAAAACAACGAAAACCCACCGCUGCACUUCUGGAACAAUACUGCGAGUAAAUAUGUUGUACGGUCACACGUAAGCUUCAUAUAUAUGAAAUAGCAUUAGCUGCAGUACUUUUAUUUUGAAAGUUACUGGGGAUUUUACACUGAAACCGUGUGUGAUUUCCAGUCUGGCCUUAUGUUAACUGCGGUAAUUGACACAUCCCAGAAGUGGGAAAAAAAGAACCCGAUUCUAUCUUUAGCAGUAUGCUGCACCACGCUGCUUCUGGGACGCGUCUGAAAAUUGCAGCGUCGCAGCUGGAUUGUUACACUCCAUAGACUGUAAUGGAUUCUAUUUUAAGCAAUGCCGUUUCGCUGUCUUUCCGUGCCGCUGAUGCUUCCAGUGUGCAGUAGGGAUCAGCGUUAACUGUCCUAGAUCAUGGCUGGAUUCAGGAUGUGAGCCACCUCUUUUAGAGUAAAUUGCAGAUUAGUCUCCCUUAAACCAAUGUUGAGAGAAACAUAACAGGAGCGUGUUUUAAAUAAAAAUUUACACAAACAUGAAUUUAGGCUCAUUUUUGUAAGAAAUAUAUUUUUCUAUCAAACCAGAAGUGGCAUAGGCAAUGGGAGACGUGUUAGCUUGAUCCAGAAAAUAAUAUGGAUUUUAAUGCUAGCUCUGACACAGAGGAAGCUUUAAAAUGUUUAAUACUUACUAGUUUGCUUGCCCGUGCACAUGCACAGGUUUUACGAAGGUGCGUGGCAUUGUGGGGCAGCUCUAGCUCAACAGGUUGAGCGGGUUGUCCAGUGAACGGAAGGUUGCAGGUUUGAUCCCGGCUCCGGACAGAGAAUUCUGCUGUUGUGUCCUUGGGCAAGACACUUAACCCACCUUGCCUGCUGGUGGUGGUCGGAGGGUCCGCAGGCGCCUGUGCUCGGCAGCCUCGCCUCUCAUCCCCACCAGUGUAUGAAUGUGUGUGUGAAUGGAUGAAUGAUACACUGUAGUGUAAAGCGCUUUGGAGUCCUUACCCCCAAAUUCCACUACCUCCGCUCCGCUCCGGUCCGCCCCCCGCCUUCCGCAGCCGCUUGCUUCCAAACUCAAUUUUUACUGUACCCGCUCUACAACGGCUCCGCUCCGGUGCGGAGACCUGAGGGGGGCAAACAAGCAUGCGCAGGAUUUUCGAGAUCUUGCGAUACAGUCCGAGCAAUAAACGCGGAAGUUAGAUCCAAACACCCGUUGUGUGGGAGAAGCAUCGGCACGAACUGUUUAAUCUGCCCAUCAUUUGUGUUGAGAGAUCAGCAGUGUUUGGAUCAACAAAUUGUGACUACUUAGUAGAUAGUAGAAACUGUAUUUAUGGCUUACUUUUGUGCAUUUAAACUUCAGCCGCCAUUGAUAGUUGUUAAAAGUUGUUAAACCUGUGCAUAUGAAACAAAAAACUCCUUUUGUUUAUCGAUUUAUUGUGAAAAACGGAAAUUGUGCUUGCUCCUUUUCCUGUUGGGCCGUUGUGAUUUAUGUCCAUUUACUGCGGAGGUGCUCCGGCGUCCGGCGAAAAUAGGAUCGAUUCUAUUUUUGCCGGACGCCGGAACAGAGGGCGGCGCAUGGCGCCGCACUGCCGGAGCACGGCCACAGUAGUGGAAUUGCUCUGAUUGACUACAACAGGACCGAUUUUGCUCCGACGUUCGUGGCGGAGCGGAGCGGAGGUAGUGGAAUUGAGAGGCGCUAUACAAGUGUGGAUCAUUGUAAAAGGUGUGAGCAGUUGCCCAAGUCCCUUUUUAUCAAUAUUGUGCUAACAGCGCUGUGGCUCAACAGCGGCGGCACGUACAUUUAGGAAGCCGCUCGAGAUGGUGGUGCAAGUGUUUGUUUGAGAAAUUCUGUAAUUUCAUACGGCUAGUAAUAUUGUAAGAUGUGUUUACAACAGGUUCUGAAAACUUAAUGAUGAUUAUAUUUUUUGCCAGUAUUAUGUAUGAAUGUUUAUAUCCAUUGUUUUGUGGUUAUGUACAGAAAGUAGUCAAAUGUAUGUUUUGUUGUCCCAAUUUAAUCAGUAAGUUACAGCAUAACAUGGUGAAUGGCCUGUAUGACACCCUCCAAGCAACACAGACGCAAGUGAUUUCUUUCACGGGCUUCUUGAAUGUCUUUCAUCGUUGACCUCUUCUGUCUUUCUUUCCAAAGACCUUUAAACCGUGAAGCUGAAUAUACAGGAUUUUACAUUUAGAACAAAUACAAUAAUGUGCAACAAAAAUAAAGACAAAUAAAUA